UAUCUCAGUUGCGAUACCUGCCACUAAAAAUAAAAAAAAAAGUUAUACUUAAAAAUUAUUUACCAUAAAUUAUAAAUAUAAUAUAAAUCCCAAAUAAUCUGACUACAAAUUGUAGUCUACAAUUAUUAUAAUUAAUACUUAUUGUUUGAACUGCUAGUUAAUACUUAGUACAUAUCCAUAUCUGAUAACACCUAUGCUUCAAUUAAUAUUUACUAUUAAUAUUUAAUUAUAUGAAAAAAUCAUUGCUUAUUAGUCUUUAAAUUUAGUUAUUAUUUUAUACACAUUCUUAUUUAUUACAGGCUAGAUCUUAUUAAAUUAUAUAUAUAUAUUAUAUAUUUUAAAUAUUAUUCACUAAAACUAGUCAAAUUAUUCAAUCAUAAAUAGCUAAGAAAGGAAUUAUUACAUUAUAAUAAUAUAAAGUAUUUAUUUAACAAAAUAUUUAAUAAAGAUAGACUAAAAAUAUAUUUUUAAAAAGUAUUGUUAUUAAAAUGUAUGUAUUAUUACCAUAAAAAUGUAAACAAUCAAUCGUUUCCAUGGUGAUAUAUCCACUAUUACUCUACAGUUUACACAUUACACAACCAUAACAAUAAGCCAACAAUUAUUAAAUACAAUAAAAUGAUUUAAAUGUAGAUAGUUAUUGUUAUUAUUAUAUAUUAAAACAGCAAAAAAGUACAAACAAUUAAUGUUAAAAAGUAUUACAAAUUAUAUAUCUUUCUUCAACAUAGGUAUAAUAAGCAAUGGACAAAGAUCCAAUGAUUGAACUUACUGAAUUUCAUAAUAAUUUAUAUGGCCCUAUAUCAGAUUCUAGAGAAAAUUUAAUUGAAAAACCACCAGAAAUUAAACCAAGAAAAAAGAAAUUAUUAAGUAUUAAUGAUACACGGUCAAUCGGAUCUAGUUCCAGUAGUAGUGAGAGAAAUGGCUCAGAAUUGUCAUCAGUUAGCCACAAUUCAUCACCGUUGUCACAAGGUUGGCAAAACCAUAAAAAUAACAGUGGGGUGCCUAUGCCAGUACCUGUACCUCGUCCACGUUCAAUAUCAAGUACUAAUGGAUCUAGUGUAAGAAGUUUAUCUGCUAAUAGUCCAAUAUCACACAAGAGUAGUUUAAAAGACAGUCGAUCAGUAACACCAGAAAGUGUGUCCAUUGAAUUAAGUGACAGUGAAAUCACUGACAAUUCUAGCAGAAUAGUGCCAUCAAAAGUUAUAAUGAAAGAAAAUAAAGAAAAAAAUGACAUUGAGCUUUCAGCUGCAUUAAGUAAUGAUGCUUGUUUAAGCAUUUAUAAUGAAGAAACAAGAAAUGAAAAUGAAAAUAUUAAAUUAGAAAUUUAUAUUCAUCAAACAGAUGUAUUAAAAGUAGAUACAAGAAUAAGACAUCCAAGUGUUAUAAUUUAUAUUAUCGAUACAACUACAUGGGAAUAUCUAAGAAUAAGCAAUGCAAAUGUAACAAAUCAAGAAAAAACUUACAUUAAUCCAAUUUUAACAAAAGAAUUUGAUUUCAAAUUUCACAAAACAAUAAUACCAAACUGGGAUGAAAAAGUGGUUUAUACUGAACAAUUUAAACAUAUCAUAACAGAGAAUACAGUAAUAUUAUUUGAGAUUGUAGAUUUUACUGGAGGUAUUCGACCUUUAGUAUCAAUGAAUAAUUGGCAUAGAAUAGCUUGGGCAUUUAUAAGACCAAUUGGAUCAAAUGGAAUUACAAAUAUAGGAAAACAAAUAAGACUACAAUUAUAUAAACCGGGACCAAAGCCAAAGUCUUUUCACAAAAACCAUCCAAUAGUAAUGUAUUGGUUUAAAAAAGGAAUACUAAAAAAAUAUCCAAGUACACUUUAUAUUAGUUUGAAUAAAGUAAAACACUUUGGUGUAGCUGACGAGGUAUCAGAACACAAUCAACAAGAAUUCAUUUCUAUUAAAUCUAGUUCACAAAAUGAUCUUAAUUCUGACUUAAUCAAUUCAAGCCAAGAAAUGUUUCAAGAAUACAAUAUUAAGUGGAAACGUUUUCCUGGUCAAAAAUGUAAAAUACCAAAUUCUGAAAUAGUGAAACUUCAACCAAACUUAGAAGGAUGCAUGUAUUUAAAAUUUAGUUAUGAUGGUUUAAAACUAGCAGUUGCUACAGGAAAAAAUAUAAAUAUCUAUUCAGUACCCGGAUAUAAAUUGCUUAAGCAGUUAAUUGGCCAUCAAGGUUUAGUAUAUACAUUAAGGUGGAGCAAUGACAAUAAUAAUUUAUUAACAACUUCUUCCGAUUAUACUGCUUGUGUUUGGACACUAAAGAAUUACAACCAAACAGACUUCCAAAUUCUUCCGCAUCCGUCAUAUGUAUAUUGUGCUGAAUAUAAUAACGCGGUUAUAAUAACUGGAUGUUACGAUAAUAUAUUGCGAUUAUGGAUUUCCACCCAUAAUAAAUGGACAUUGUGCCAAGAAAUGGAAUUUCACAAAGGUUUCAUAUCAAGUAUUACUCUAUUGGAAACUAUAGUACUUUCGGCCGAUAGCCAUGGGUUAAUUAUCGAAUGGACGCUCGAAAAUAGUAGACUUGAACUAAAAAGAAUUAUAUCAGUACCCGAAAUACGACAAGUCAUAAUAAGUAAUAUAAUUUUACAUCCAGCCGGUAAACGACUUCUAAUUCAAACCAGAGAUAGUAUUUUACGAAUGAUGGAUUUACAUACAACAGCAAUCAUACAGUGGUUUAGGGGCGGUGUAAAUAAUAAAGUACAAACAGGAUGUGUAUUAAGUCCUUGUGGUAAUCUUGUGUUUGGCUGUGGAGAAGACGGACUAGUUAAUGUUUGGGAAGCGUAUACUGCUAAACAAUUGGCAUUUUAUACAAAUCGUCAAGAUUUAACAGCAGCCACUAGUAGCGCAGUAGAUUACCAUCCACACGAUCAUAUGAUAGUAUUUGGAGUAUAUACUCCAAACAAAAAUUCACCCAUUUAUGUUGCUCAAUAUAAAAAAGAAAAUGAAACGGACAUAGGUUUGAGGUUUUUGAUUCCAAUAGAACAUAAACAAAAAGUAUUUGAACACAUUAAUCACCAGACAGCAGAAUAUGAAUAUUUAAAUAAAUUAAAAACAAAGGAACAUGAUAAUCAACGCAUGAUGCCAUUAGUCAAUAUAAUAAAGAGGAUGGAUACUGUUUUAAAUUCAUUUAAGAUAAAAGAAUAAUACAAUGUAUUCGCGAAUUACUGCAGUAAUACACUAAUACCAAUUAACAAAUUAAUAAAAAUAUGGCCAAAAUAUUUAUUUUUCUAUAGCUUAUUAUGUACUAUAUUUUUUAUGAUGUUUUUUUAAUCAAAA